AUGGAAGAGGGAUGGGAUAUAGAGCCAUUAGAAGAGGAGAUAGAGGGAGGUCUAGAGGAGAUGGAGGAGAAUGAGGAGGAGGAUGAGUCUGAUUUCGAGCUGGAGGACCUGGAGGAGGAGGAGAAGCACCUGUUGGAAGAAGUGGAGGAGGAGAAGGAGACAGUAGAGGAUGAAGAGAGUGAGCAGGAAGUCGCAGCGAUGGUUGCAGGCCACAGGGACCCCUUGGAGCAGUUUGGGCCUGUGUUCUGGGGUCUUGUCCACUCCCUUCUACGCAGUUUGUCCUACGAUGACCACGUCCUGGUCUGGCCCCCUGACACUCGCCUGAUGGUCAGGCGCAGCUCCCAGCCUCCCUCAGGCCCUGGAGAGGGUCCCGCACCUCCACAGGAGCAGGAAGACCUGGGAGAGGGAGGCAAGGCCUCACAGGUCCCAAAGUCUGUAUUAUACUUCACAAAAGAAGCAAGUGAUUAUCAGUAUGAAGAGUCUGAUGAGGAGGUCCAAGAAGCUGAAGGUGAGGAGGACAGCAAUGAAAAACCAGAAGAAGGACCUGAAAAAGACCUGGACCCAGCAGAGGACAGCCCGGGAGAACCCAGAUCCGACUCCUUCCUACGCGCUUUACAUAACAACAAAUAUGUCCUCUUCCGGCCUCACGCUGACUGCCUGAUGGCCAGGGGCCGCUCCCAGCCACUCUCGGACCCUGGAGAAGCUCCCGUGCCUCCUCAGGAGCAGGAAGACCUGGGAGAGGGAGGCAAAGUCUUGCAGGGCCUAGACUCUGCUGCUGAUUUUAAGUUGGGAUAUUUUUCCUGCCAACUUUUGACCCCAAAGUCUGCAUCACUCUGCCCUAAUGAUGAGGGUGAGUAUCAGUAUGAAAACACUGAUGAAGAGGAAGAGGAUGGAAAUGAAAAACCUGAAGAAGGACUCGAAAUGGAUGUGGUCUCAGCAAAGGGCAGCGCUGGAUAA